AGCAAUAAAGCCCCAUAUGAAGAAAUCUGUCGACUCUGAAUAACAGAAGUAGGUUUCUACUAUAUAGCAUUAGCUGGUAAAUAUGCUGUGAUCUGAAAAGACUUGCUUCCUUCCUAGAUUUGCUCAAUGCCCCCUCCUCUACUUCUACCUUUACCUCUACCCUCUUUUCUGUGGGUGCCAACUGCCAAAUACAAAUCCGCCUUCACACAUUAAUCCGUUUGGAGAUCAAAGUCAUGGCAGAUUGGCAUGGUAGUGGUCGCAGUAGGAAUUCAAUCAACGAUGGAGAUUUUGAUGAAGAAGAAGUUUGGUCCUAUGAAAAAGAAGAUUCAUCAAGUCCCACCUCGAGCAAACCUAGGGAACCCUCCUCGAGUUCUUCAUCUGCAUGGCGGCUUCCAAGCGCACCGAGAACGAUCCGAAGAGGAAGCAACUCAUCAUCAGCAGCAAGGCAUGAAACCGAGGUGACUCGGCAAUCAUCGGCUCCGUUGAACAUCCCCGAUUGGUCCAAGAUAUAUGGGAAGCAUGCAAACAUGGAACCAUCAAGAAACGAGUCAUGGGUUAAUACAGGUGAUGAUGAUGGUGAUGAUGAUGAUGAUGGUAUGGUGUAUGAGGAUGGAGAUAUGGUCCCUCCACAUGAAUGGCUUGCUAGGAAGCUUGCAAGGACUCGAGUUUCUUCUUUCUCGGUUUGUGAAGGGAUGGGAAGGACACUUAAAGGCAGAGAUCUCAGCAAAAUGAGAAAUGCAGUUUUGACAAGAACAGGUUUCCUAGAGCAGUAAUGAUGAUCAUCAUGUAACCUUUUUCCUUUUAUUAGCUUUCGGUCAUAAUACGUUGUGGGCAUGUACUAUUGAACUUGGGAACAGAAAAAAAAGUCGUAAAUUGCAACUAGGAGCUGCAUUUUUGUGAGAUUUUUCUGGAAGAGGGAAAAAUUAGAUAGAAUUUUCAACGUGACGGAAAUGAAAACUAGUGCAUAGUUGAGUGAUCAAUGGUGCAAUUCAUCCUUUUAGUACAAGAUUUAGCGAAGGAGACUGGGAGUGGUUUACAAGUGAGUCUGAAGAGCCGUUAGAGGUCAUUCCUUGAAGAUUUGAGGAAGUCUUGUGAUAUUUGGGCAAAGCUUUGGUCAAUGCUGCAAAACUCUGAUUAGUAGUGAAAUUAAUGUGCUUUUGAUUCAAUUAGUUGAAUUGUUAAAUUGCAAUAAUUAAAUGAAAAAUUAUAAAAAAUAUAAAACAUUGCAUUGAUUUUUUUAUCAA